AUGAGCACCCUCACCGCCGUUACUCCCAUGUUCACCCCAGAGGAGCUACAAAUGAGCUUCACCGACUUGUUAAACGCCCCCUUGAUCACCAACCAAGACCGGCCACAGUUCUCGGCCCUUCUUAAGGAGGCGACCGACCAAAGCGCCACCUUCGACCCCACCCUCGACAUCCCUCAAUCCUCCUCUGUACCGUGUCACGGCUCGGAGCCAUCGUUUUUUGUUUCAGCGUUGCCCGGUUCAUCCCCAAGCUUCGCCGUCGAGUCUCCUCCCACUUACGUUCCCGCCCACGACGGUCGGAAGGAUGGUUGCCCGCCGUCGUUUAUGCCUUCGAUAUCCCCCUUCCCCUUCAAACCAUCCUUUUAUCAACACUACCAUGACGCCACGCUCAUGGUUCCAUCGGCGCCUUCGUUGGUCAUGCCUUCCGCGUCCGCCAUAACCCCUCAACAGCCCGAAGCACAUCUUGCGGUUGACGGUACCUUCUUUCCGCAAGCCACCAGCAGCCAGUUUGACUUCAGUGAUGCUUACUCGGCUGUCAGUCCUUGCACUCAAGUCUCUCCGGCUUCGCACACGAUGGCAUCUAUGCCGCUCGCCCCUCAGUUCAUCACGUUUUCAUCUGUUGUCGAAGAUGAUUCGCCAUGGCUAGAUCCGAAUCUCAGCCUUCAAAGCAUCGCGAACUCGUACCCUGACUACGAUAUGUCGGUAUCAUCCACGGAACAGUCUCUUCACGCCAUGCAAGGUGGCGUUCGUCACGACGACAUCAGCCCGUCUCCCUCCGGAAAGCCAAAGACUUUGCACAUCGAUCAGCAUGGACCUACGCACUAUUCCCGGAUGACGCCUCCGUCGCAGCCGGCUCAUCAGUCUGCCGUCCAAUAUGCGCCAGCGUCGCAACACUCCUCGCUCUGUCUGAAUCAGGAGCCGUCUGCGAAAGGCAAAGCUGACCAGUCGACAGACGUUGCAUUGCGCCGAUCUGCACGCCUCGCGAGAGGUUCCGCCAAUGAUGGCAAUGCUGACGUAUCCCCCGUUGGAGAUCUGGCCAUCAGUCAAGACGAGCAAGAGGUCCCUGCCCCUAGGGUUCCGCAGGCGUCGUACAGGCGGCUCCCUUCCCACCGCUUUCCGAAAAUCAAAGACGGCAAACAAGUCUGGGCUGAACUGGAGAAAAGGACCUACGCCUGCUGUUGGAAAGACUGCAAUCACCAAGUGUCAGGAUACGAAGAAGGAGCCGAACAUAUGGGCGAACACGUUUCCGCGCAAGGCGCUCGCCGCCGGUGCGAGGACUGCGGUACCGGCUUCGACAAGCACCUGGGUCUCGUUCGGCACCUUCUCAGCGGCUCCCAUAUGGGAAUCUCAGUACAGUGCGCUAUCUGCAACAGGGAAUUUGCCCGACCCGAUACCGUUGAUCGCCAUUGGAAGUCGGGGGCGCACUAG